ACCACAGUCUGAUAAUACUCAUCCUCUUGACCUUCCCACAAAGGGUAACUAGAAGAGUUGGCGACAAUGGCAAUGACGGCAGCAUCAGUAGCAGCACCAUCAUCCAUUGUCUUCUUUACCCGUCAGAGGGCCAAAUGUUUCUUCAUUCCUUUGGCUUCGUUUUCCGGGCAAUACAAUCCUUUAGCAACAAAGAAACUCGUCCUCUACACGAAACCUGGUUGCUGUUUGUGCGAUGGCCUCAAAGAAAAGCUUCAAGCUGCUUUCUCUCUCGCCGGCCCAGAUUCAUUGCAUGAUGUCAAUUUGCAGAUGAGAGAUAUUACCAGUAACCCCGACUGGGAGAAAUCUUACCAGUACGAGAUACCUGUGCUGGCCAGAGUUCUUUCUGAUGGAACCGAGGAGACACUUCCCAGAUUAUCUCCUCGUCUUGGAGUUGAGCUCAUCCAGAAGAAACUCGCUGCUGCAUUGAGAGAAUAGGAGAUGGCGAUUCUUGUGGGCUAUGGUUAAUGUAUCAGUUACCAACAAUGUAAAAUGAUUGUUCUUAUUCAUAAGUGUAUGAUAAGAACUGGUUUUUCAUCUUUGAAGUUCUUUCUCCUUUCCCUCCUUUUCCGGUGUCUGUUUAACGAUAGAUGUUGCUCAAAUAUGUUCUUUCU